UAGUAAGUUGUCUCCUAAUUCCUAUGAACGGUGGGUAUUCGCGGAUAGCUAUGAUAUUACUAUAAGUAAACAUUCAACAUUGUUAAAUUAGGUAUCAAAUAGAUACCAUCCAAUCACUCCCCGAGGUACGACACGAGACGGCACACCGCACACUGCAAAGUCAAUAGUCAAUAUUAUAUAGUCGGCGUGCACUGUGAAUUGAGAUUCAACAUCAGAUACAGGAGUAAUGUUGGUAAAAGAAAUGGAUGCCUUACAGACUUCAUCAUGUGAAAACUACAUAAAGCCAGUUUUGAAAUCCAAUGAAAGUGCACCAACACAUUUUAGAAAUAACUUUCACUCUGUUAGAAUACUAGAAGACUUACAAUCUCUACGCAAAAAUGAAGUUUUUUGUGAUAUAAGAUUUGAAACAGAUGACGGUACUUUAGUAUUCGGACAUAAAAAUGUUCUAAUUGCAGCUAGUCCAUAUUUCCGAGCAAUGUUUGAUCAUUUUGAUGAGAGCAAUAAAGAUCUUGUUAAUAUAAGAGAAUUAGAUUCCUUAGUUUUACAAAUAUUAGUAGAUUAUAUUUAUACUGGUGAAUUUAUAGCCACAAAAGAAAAUGUACAGAUUUUGUUACCAGCCGCUAACAUCUUACAGUUAGAUUUCGUAAGUGCUGCAUGUGCUGAGUUCUUAGAAAAACAACUUGAUGCUUCAAAUUGUCUUGGUAUCAAGGCGUUUGCUGACUUACAUAACUGUACGGAUUUAUUAUCAAGUUGUGAAGCAUUCAUUAAAAAGCAGUUUUUGGAAGUGGUUAAAACUGAUGAGUUUCUAUCAUUGUCUUCUGAAGAUAUGGUUAAGAUUAUCUCCUGUAAUGACCUUGCUAUUCCAUAUGAAGAAAAAGUAUUUGAAAGUGUUAUGAAAUGGGUAAGACAUGAUUUGAAUUUGAGAAAAGAUGUUCUGCCAGAAUUAAUGGAACAUGUACGUCUGCCAACAUUAGCAUCAAAACCUGAUAUAUUAUUUAAUAUAGUAAAUGAACCUCUUCUAAAGAAUAACCCUAAAUGCAACGAAUAUAUAAUCGAAGCAUACAAUUUUAAUCUACAAAAAUCAUUUCAGCUUUUUACCAUUCCACAAACAAUUAGGUGUAAACCUAGACAGUUUGGUGGUUCUCAAAAAGUUAUUUUAAUGUUUAAUGAGUCUGAUACAUCACCAAAGUGUUAUACAGAAUGGUAUGAUCCAGCAACCAAGCUAAGAGAGAAUGCACCAGGGAUAAAUGAAUGUCGUGACACAGCUGGUUUUGGUGUAAUAAGUGAUCAAUUUGUGUUUGCUGUGGGAGGUGUAAAUGAAAAAAGUUCUAAAUCUGUUAGUAUGCUUGACGUAUCUUCACAAUCACCCUCAUGGGUUCCAAUGGCCGACAUGUUAGUUAGUCGAAAUCGACUGGGAGUUGGAAUAUUAGGUGAUUCCAUAUAUGCUGUUGCCGGAUCUGACGGCAACAGUGCUUUAAAUAGUGUAGAGGUAUUUGACGUCAGUUAUCAAAAAUGGAGAAUGGUAGCCAGUAUGUCUACUAAUAGACGUGAUUUGGGCGUUGGUGUACUCAAUAAUCGUCUAUACGCUGUUGGAGGAAGUAAUGGUAAAAUAUGUUUGAAAUCUGUGGAAUAUUAUGAUCCUACACUUGACACAUGGAAUCCAGUUGCAGAAAUGUCUGAGUAUCGUCAAGGUGUUGGUGUAGGAGUCUUGGACGGUAUUAUAUAUGCUAUUGGCGGGUAUAAUAGAGUGUAUCAUAAAAGUGUCGAGGUUUAUAAACCGAGUGAUGGAGUUUGGUCGUCUGUAGCUGAUAUGGAAAUAUGCCGAUUUCAUCCUGGAGUAGCCGUAUUAGAUGGUUUAUUGUAUGUUUUUGGCGGAGAAAAAGAAUCAUCUAUUGUUGAUACUGUAGAAAUUUACAAUCCCAACACUAAUACUUGGACCUUGGAAAGAUUGUCAAGAAAUAAAGUACAAAUUUAUGGUGGAGUAGUUAUCGAUAGACCUUUACAUUUUAUGAACUAAUUGGCAUACAUAAUGGUCUCAUUGUUGGUAGAAAUAUGAACAUAUUUAUGUAUAAUGUAAGUAUGACAAAAAGUGUAUUGUUUUAUUCAUUUUUGUUUUUGUGAAUGUUUGAUAAAAAAGUUGUUUUAUAUAAUUUAAAUUGAUGAUUUACAUGUCAAAUAAAAAAGCUAAUAUGUUAAUAUAUAUUGCAUAAUGCAUUGUAUCAGCAAAACUUAUAUAGUUUACAAUAUACAUUAUAUCUCUUAGA